AACCAGCCGCGCGCGGCGGUGGCUCCUCGCAGGUGGAUGGGUGGAGUUCACAGAAGUUAGAGUAAGAUGGCGCCGGUUGGGGCUCUAAGCCCGGAGAACCCGAGUUGAAGCAGCAAUCCCCGCCUGAGAAAGGGUUAAUGCGGGGGGGGUGUCGCCGCUCCCUCUGACGAGGUGACUCGCCCUCUUACGAGGUGACUCGCUGUAGCCGAGUCGGACGCGCCUCGCCGGCAAUGGAAAACGGCGAGCUGAGCGGCAUGGAGAGUAUGGAGACCCUGACGGAGCUCGGCGACGAGCUCACACUGGGCGAUAUCGAUGAAAUGCUACAGUUUGUCAGCAAUCAAGUUGGAGAUUUUCCAGAUUUAUUUUCUGAACAGUUAUAUGGCACAUUCCAGAGCAACAAUGCAUGUAAUGGAGACAGAAUAUCAGAUACUUCACAGAAAGCUUACAACCAGGGACAGUUACAAUCCUCUUCUCCUAGUGCAGCUUCUUCACCACAGCUUCAGUCUGUGCAAGUGAAGACCUCUCAGUCAACGGGCACAAUUCCUGCUCCACAACGGGCUGCACCCCCUCUUCAACCUCGCCCCCAAGUUCAACCCCCACUUCAGCAACAGACAGUGAUGAUCACUCCAACUUUCAGCUCUUCUCCCCAGACCCGGAUCAUCCAGCAACCUGUAAUAUACCAAAAUGCAGCCACAAGUUUUCAAGUGCUGCAACCUCAGGUUCAGAGCUUGGUGACUUCCUCUCAAGUUCAACCAGUUGCCAUUCAACAGCAGAUGCAGACCAUGCAAGCUCAGAGGGUACUGACACAGAGUACCAACGGCACCAUCCAGACACUAACUCCAGCGACUGUCCAGGCAGUAGCUGCCCCUCAGGUUCAGCAGGUUCCAGUUCUAGUCCAGCCACAGAUAAUCAAGACAGAUUCUCUUGUCUUAACGACAUUGAAAACUGAUGGCAAUCCUGUUAUGGCUGCUGUUCAAAAUCCAGCCCUGGCAGCAAUAACCACGCCCAUACAGACAACAGCUCUGCAGACCUUGGUUGGUAGCAAUGGGGCCAUCUUGACAACUAUGCCUAUGAUGAUGGGAGGGCAGGAGAAGAUGCCCAUUAAACAAGUGCCUAAUAACACCAAGCAGCCAGAACCACCAAAGGAAGGAGAAAGGCGAACAACUCAUAAUAUUAUUGAGAAGAGAUAUCGAUCAUCUAUAAAUGACAAGAUCAUAGAACUGAAAGAUCUAGUCAUGGGAACAGAUGCUAAAAUGCACAAGUCUGGUGUAUUGAGGAAGGCUAUUGACUACAUUAAAUAUCUACAGCAGGUUAAUCAUAAAUUGCGACAGGAGAACAUGAUCCUUAAGCUAUCUAGCCAGAAAAACAAGUUGUUGAAGGGUUUUGACUUAAGCAGUCUGGUGGACAAUGAUGUGGAUCUGAAGAUGGACGAAUUCAAUCAAAAUGCUCUAUUGAUGUCUCCACCAGCUUCUGACUCAGGAUCACCAGCAGGCUUUUCCCCUUAUUCAAUUGAUUCAGAACCGGGAAGUCCAUUAUUGGAUGAUGCAAAGGUUAAAGAUGAACCUGAUUCUCCACCUGUUGCUCUUGGAAUGGUUGAUCGUUCACGGAUGCUGCUUUGUGCUCUCACAUUCCUCUGUCUCUCCUUUAAUCCUUUAACAUCUUUUUUGGAUGGCAAAGAAACAUCGGACACUUACAGCACAGUGCAUCAUGGUUCUGAGAGGAAUAUACAAGCAAUAAAACCAGAAUCAGGUGGCUGGUUUGGCUGGAUGAUGCCCACUUUGAUCUUGUGGCUUGUGAACGGUGUCAUUAUCUUGAGUGUAUUCAUAAAACUGUUAGUGCAUGGAGAGCCAGUAACACGACUGCAUUCCCGUUCUUCUGUGACUUUUUGGCGGCACCGAAAACAGGCAGACCUGGACUUAGCUAAGGGGGACUUUGCUGCUGCUUCAUCAAAUUUACAGAUCUGUCUUUCUGCUCUGGGCCGAGCGUUGCCUACUUCUCGUUUUGACUUGAUCUGUAGCCUUUCCUGGAACAUUAUUCGUUACAGUCUCCAAAAAUUGGGAUUAGUACGUUGGCUGCUAAAGAAGACAUCACAGCGGAGACGAGCAACAGAGACACCUCUUGGCUUUGAAGAUGAAGCCAAGACUAGUGCGCGAGAUGCAGCACUAGUGUAUCAUAAACUUCAUCAACUCCAUAUUACAGGUAAACUUCCGUCCAGUUCAGCUUACUCAGGGUUGCACAUGGCGUUGUGUGCUGUAAACCUGGCAGAAUGUGCAGAGGAGAAGAUUUCACCAAGUACCCUGGCAGAGAUUCAUCUAACUGCUGCAGUUGGCCUGAAGACUCGCUAUGGUGGCAAACUGGGCUUCCUGGCGAGUUAUUUCUUAAGUCAAGCUCAAAGCUUGUGUACUUCUGAGCAUAAUGACAUUCCUGACUCCUUACGCUGGUUGUGCCAUCCUUUGGGGCAGAAAUUUUUUGUGGAACGGAGCUGGACAGUGAAAGCUGCUGCUAAGGAUAGUCUGUACUCCACUCAGAGGAACCCAGCUGAUCCCAUUGCACAGGUACACCAGGCAUUCUGUGAGAACCUACUGGAGAGAGCUGUUGAAUCCAUUGUGAAACCUCAGAUUCCCAAAGGGGCUACAAGCCAUGAUGAUGAAGCACCUUGUGAAUUCGCUAAUGCUUUGGAAUACUUGACAUUACUAAGUUCUUUUGUGGAUUCUUUGGGAAGUGAGAUACCACCUUUCUCUGGAAAUUCGGUGCUGAAGUCUGCUCUAGGUCCUGAUAUAGUCUGCAGCUGGUGGUCAUCAACAAUCACAAUGAUAAUCAGCUGGCUCAAGGGUGAUGAUACAGCUGUGAAAUCUCAGUUUAUCAACGUGGAACGAAUUCCUAAAUGCUUGGAGAUGAUGGAGAAUGCCCUUGUGCGAGCUAUCUUCCAUGUAUGCAAAGCCAUGAAUGUGUUGUUGUCUAGCAAGGCAGAUGGGCAGCACAGUUCAUUUAGUCAUUGUGAAAGAGCUAGCACUCAUCUCUGGAAUAGUCUCAACGUGAGAAGUGGGGUCUCAAGCACAAGUCUCAACAAUAUGAUCCAGCUGCUAGCUUGCGAUCUACUGUUGUCUCUCCGUACCACUCUGUGGCAGAAACAGACAAAUGCUAGUCUAGCUUUGGGAGACACGCACCAUGCUUCUGCUUCUGAGCUGACUGGCUUCCAGCGUGAUCUUGGCAGCCUGCGAAAACUAGCAAAUAGCUUCAGGCUCGCUUACCGAAAGGUUUUUCUUCAUGAGGCCACUGUCCGCUUGAUGGCAGGAGCCAGCCCCACACGUACUCAUCAGCUGCUUGAGCAUAGUCUCAGACGUCGGACCCCACAGAGUACCAAGCAAGGUGAGUUGGAUGUUCUUCCUGGACAAAGAGAACGAGCUACAGCAAUUCUAUUAGCCUGCCGCUACCUCCCGCUGUCUUUUCUGUCAUCUCCGGGCCAGCGUGCUGUCCUGCUGGCAGAAGCAGCUCGAACACUGGAGAAGGUUGGCGACAUGCGUUCCUGCAAUGACUGUCAGCAGAUGAUUGUGAAACUAAGUGGUGGCACAGCUAUUGCUGCUUCCUAACUCUAGAGGAAUAGUUUCAUCAGACAUUGAAUGAAUUCUUGUCCCAUUCUCUUCCUUUUUCUUAAAAACCCUUCCAGAUUUGUGCAAGUUUCAUUAUACUAAUAGGAGACAGUGACUUGGUGUAUAGCAAGUGGCGAAUUAUUUGCCUCCAAGCAAAAAGAUUGUUCAUGCUGGUGCUAGAAAGUUCUUUUUUCCCCUGGCAGAAACUGAUAUCUUGGACUGGUUAACUAGGAUGUCUUUGAAAGAGGAAUUUGAUUUUCCUUUUUACAAAACAAUCUCUUUUGAAAACAUCUUUGGGGGAAGGAGUUAGUAAAAAAUGAAAAAAUUGUUACAAAGUCUCAUUUGAUGGCAUUUGCAAUGGUUCUUGGUCCAGUAAUAUAUAGAUUCAAAGAAGAUAGGAUUGUGUUUAUCUUCUUUUCUCCUCAGUAUAUGUUUGUCCUACUUACUGAUACCUUCCUAGAAAAUAGAAGCUUUAGGAGGUCAGGCCAGUUCUGUAGAGAAGUGCAUUAUGGUUUUUAUGCUAUUUGGGUUACAGUUAUUUAUAUUUUAUAACUUUGCAAACUAUAAAAAUACCAGUUUCUUUUUGUCUCAUAUUCUUCAUCUCAUUCUGUAUCUCUUCUUUCUGUAGUCUUUCGUAAACUGAUGAUGAUCAGAAUGAUAGAAACCGUAAUUUCAAUCAAUCAAUUAAUCAAUUUUUAUUCAGUCAUAGACCAGCAAAUAAAACAAGAAAAAUUGCAAUUAAUUAGGAUAAAAAGAAAAAAAAAUCUUAAGGAUUAGGAAAACAAACCUGAUGUACUGUUCAAACUAUAAAACAGUACUUAGCUGUAAAGAAGUAAAAUCAGAUUGAUGUGAUAAUAGUAAAACAAGUUAAAACAAAUCAGAACAAUCCAGAAGCUUAAUAAAGAAUAGACAUAAUAAUUCCUGGUGAACAUUUCGUAGAGGAGACAAUACAAAAUAACUUGUUCCAUAUUUCAGUUGUUCCUUCACAGCAUGGACAAAUCUAUGUUUGAAGAGGAUUUUUUAAGUGUCUCCCUUCAGUAACAACUAUUGGAAGGACAGUGAAUCUGGCCAAGGAUAAAGCCCUUCUAAAUUUUGGAAUUAUGUGACUAAGGUAUAUCACUGGUUGAAGAAGAUAUGAGAAACUAUAACAUUUAAAUCAGCAGGUUGUAGAAAACUGGUAUAUAGCAUCAUUGUAAGGCCAGGAAUUGAAUCUUCCUUUUAUAUAUUCUUCCUGAUAGGGAAAACAAGGAAAAAUAAAAACAACUAAAAGCAUUAAUUAAAAAAUGGUUAAGUAAACAUUAACAUCUUUUCCAGCAUUGUUUUACUGAAGGAAAUCCCACCUUCAAUCACUUUGGAAAGAGAUUUUGAGCAAGAUGAAAUGUGGACAAGGAUGAAAUGAUCCUCCUCAAGACAUUGAUUUAGAUGCCUGCUUGUUAUAAACAAAGAGGUAGCUAAACUAGCCAUACUUUUAGAUCAUAUGGAUAAUCAUCUAGCUUGACCCUCAAAAAAUACAGAUCCCCCCCCCCUGAAGCUGUUUAUAUCCACGUAAGAUUUACCACCUAGUGAUAAAUAUUAGUUCCAUAUUCACCAACUGGUAGUAAGAUAGCUAUACUACCAACUGAAGUGACACUUACGUUCUUUCCCACAAUUUUUGGGAGCAUUGUAACGUAUAUGUAUAGAAUGGAUGAAGUAUUUUAGUGUUAAAGGAAACAAAGUACAGCUCAACGUUCUCUGGUAGAAUCACACAAAUUUUAUAUUAUAUGGAACUCUAAGGUCCGCAAACCAUGUUUUUCUCCUUCUUUGCUUUUUUUUUUUUUUAGUCUUUCAUUGCAUUGAUCUAAAUUUCAAUAGAAGCUCCUAUUUAAUGGCACAUACAGAAGAGCAAUUUGGAAAUUCACCAACUUUAAUUAUUAUUCCUUGAAAUAAUGAGAUUGGUGAUCCUUGGCUGCAUAGGUAGGAUUCUCAAUAAUUAAAAGUCUUUUAAACUUCUCAAUAAUGACAGGUCUUUUAAACUUUCUAUUCCGAUGCCCCCAAAUGUGAAGCUGUGGUGGUAAAGAAAUUUUAAAUAUUGCUAUUUCAUAGUUAGAGUUCAAAUACAUCUCGAUAAGAGAUGCAAAUCAUGCUGAUGAUACAGUUUUAAUGCUCCAUAGUUAACCAGAAACAGAUUCCACACAAAGGCCUUGACUUACAUCUUGAAGGUCUGUUCUCAGUCAACCUGCAUUUAUUGAAAUGUAAAAUUUUAAUGCAAUUUUCCUGUUUCUCCCUAACAUAUGUGAGUGGAUGUGUUUGGUUUGUAUAUCCUGCCCCAUUCUGGUACAUGGUGAAAUUUAAUAUUUGACCAUGCUAUUUGAAAAAAGUUUUGGUAUUGCUGGUUUCCUUGAUGGAAGUGUAUUUAAGUUUGUAUUUCUUACAACUGAUAUGCAUACUGCAAUUCUGCCUGCUUCUCUUGUAAACGUAGGUAGCCAGAAUAAGUGUCCCAGGGUGCUGCUGAUUCAGAGGUACAUUUAAAUUGGCAGGCUGAAUAAAGUAUCAUUCCAUUCACUAAGACAGAUCUUAAUGAUGGCAUUCUCAACGCAGGUAGCAGCUAAGUAGGAAAAAUAAUAAACUUAUUGGGACUGAGGAGAUUAGAGGUCAUUGCUAAUUUAUGCCCCCAACUGCUGUUACAUCCAUGCACAUUUUGCUUUAUUAUAAAACAAAAUAAUCAGCCCAGGAGUAACACAAAGACAGUGUGAAUUCUUAAAGAGUCUAACUGAUUGAUUAAGUAGGCUUGAACUUGCAAAUGCUUCCAUCUGGGCGCUCUCAGGGCAAAUAAUUCAAUAUAAUUAAUUUGUAAAAAAAUGUAAAAAAUACCCAUCUCUUUCUGAGCAUUUCAUGGUUUCUUGAAUUUGAAACAUUGAAAGUAGUUUAUUUUUGUUAAAAGAGCAAAUGGCCAUUACAAUAUAAAAAUUUCAUAUUAAUCAGUCAAUUGGAUGGAGAUGGGUGGCUAUAAAAAUAGAAUAAUUAAAUAAAUAUUGCACAGCCAUAAGAAUGAGGUUACUGUCUUGUUUAAAUUACAAUUACAUAGAUGUGAUCUCUACAAAGAAAUCUACCUUCUUGCAUAUUUUUGGCAGUUUUAUAUACUUAAUGUAUUUAUGGAACUGUUCCUCCUAAUCUAGCCCUAUAUAUGUUUUGUGUAUAUAAUGGUAACUUUUCUGUUUUUAUAUGAAUUGAAAAGUGUCUUUUUAUCCCAAUAAAAUUAGAAAAAUAGAUGCUUUGAUACAUGAAGAUGUAGCGGGUGGUGAUGUCAGGAGAUGAGAGUGUCUGUUAUUCCCAGUUGUGACCUUUUGGUAUGGAUCAUUAUGUAAUUUAUCUAAUAAAGACAAAAUUUAACUCA